AUGCCUUCUACUAGAGCGUUCUUUCCAAAGGCAGAUGCAGCGAUUCUCACGUCAAGGCAUCCACUCCCACCCACGCGCCCGGAUACCGUUGGGCCGAUUCUCGAUCCGGAAAACCUCGAUAAACCAAUAAGCGCCUGGUCCGAGGGGAUCGGAUCGACUCUGUAUCCUAACCUUGACCCCAACGCGCCCACAUCCACCGUCUGCAACAAGCCUCCAGGCUUCGAGGGUCGAUAUCCGCGUGCCACUUUGGCCCACAAUGAGAGACUUAGAUUGUCCAUGCUGUGGUACUACACCCGCGAUAUUCUCAAAGAGGAAGAGUUACUCUCCGGUCUCCAGGAGAAAGUUCAUCUGGCUAAGGAGUCCACGGGGUGGGAGUUCGCGAUCAUCGGCAUCCAGGAUGUUGAUGUGUAUAUCCGCUUGGCCACGGUAGGCGUACAGUUAGGCAUCCUGCCGAGGGGUGAAACAAUCUGCGCCCAUACGGUUACUCAACCUCCUGGUAGCGUAUUUCAUUUACCAGCACUCAUGGAUGACUGGAGAUUUCGGACGUGUCCCUAUCUCGAGCAGGGCGGGCUUUACGCAUACGCUGGUGUACCGCUGCGUCUGCAGCACGAAACCGGAGAAUGUGUUGGUCUUGGUUCACUCUGCGUAGCCUCGAGUAAAAGCGAGGAACCGCUCACAAAAGACCAGCAACAAGCACUCGUCCGCCUGGGUGACUGGGUCGUCUCGGAUCUCCUUCACGCGGUGCGAGCAAGGCGCCAACGUGACCGACAUCAAAUGACUGAACUCCUCUCCGCCGCACAGUUGGAGCUGGACCAGGUGGUCUCCGAGGACCCUAUUUAUCAAAUUCUCCGAAGCACCUACCCUAAUGCUAUCAUCAAAUUGCAGCCGACAAAGGCAACCUAUAUUGAGCUGGAAGGACGCAAGCCUAUCUUGAUGUCGGACUUGGAAGGCGGCCUGUGGGAAGAUGCGGAAUACCUGGAUGCCUUGAUCGCCAAUUCCAACCACGACGCUCUUCCAACCACACACACUGUUCGCAUCAUUGCUGCUCCUUGCGAGAUUGUAUCGGGUUCAUCUUUGCUCAUGGUGGCCUCAAAGGACUUUCACUUCGUAUUCGAUGAUAUUGACAUGUGGUUUGUACAGACGUGUGCUGGCUUGAUCUCCCAGAUGUGGCGCAAAAGACUCCUAUUCGAGGCGCUGAGAGCAAAGGAGAAGUUUCUCCAGGGAUUUUCUCAUCAGCUUCGGACACCGAUCCAUGGCAUUCUCGGCUCAGCGGACCUCCUAGCUGAAGAGAUCCAGUCCUGGUACUCAGGCGAAGACGCCCUCCCAGCACCAGGAUCAGUUGAAAAGCCUCUCGGAAUGCGUUUAGACGAACAUUCCAAAUAUCUGAGCAUUAUCAAAAUGGGCGGCAGAGAUCUGAUUGCAAUCAUCAAUAACAUGAUUACAAUCAAUCGAUGGGCUGAUAUCGCUACGAUGGACCGCCACUAUGCCAUGCAUCCGGUUGAAAAGCUUGAGACGGAGCUGUGUACUGGGUUAGUCAACCUGACCGUGGGAGAUACACGGUAUCGAGCUUCUGUUUUCUUCAUGCAUGAUCUGCCUCCUGUUUGUGAGAGUAUCUGGAUGGAUAUCGAUGUGCUUCGGGACAGCAUUCUGCCACUUAUCUUAAAUGCAGUCCAGCACACACCGGAUGGAACUGUAUUAGUAACAUUUUCACUGAACUUGGCUUCGAGGCAGCUGACGGUGGAUGUCGAGGAUAAUGGUCAAGGCAUUCACCAAGAUGAUCAGCGGCGCAUAUUCGAACCUUACGAAAAGGUCGAUAUGCACUCAGCACGCGCGGGACUGGGACUCACUGUGGCGUCUAGAUUCGCAUCGCUCUUGCAGGGAUCAGUCGCUUUGAUGUCCUCGGAAGUUCGCCAAGGCUCUCAUUUUAGAACCACCUUCCGGGGUGUUGAAUGUACCACCUCUCCCAACCCGCCGCAAUCGCUCGCUUCAAAGCUUCAGAAUCUACCCUCAAGAUUCUUCAGCUUGAUAUCUGAUUCGGGUUCCACGUCUCUCUGUGGUCACUUCAUAACUUUCCUCACACGCAGUGGCUUUGCGCCGUCGACUUGCCUAGAAGGCUCCUUUGUCGUCUUUGAAACUGACCCUAGUUUAGAAAAGCACCACCUGCAGCUGUCCCAGAUUCCAUCGGGAGCUGUUGCGAUUUGUCUUCUUCCCGGAUUUGAUGCCAAUUCACUUCUACAACGGACGGCUAAGAACGUUGUUUAUACCAGCGGGCCUUUCUCCACCUUGUCGCUAGGCGCGGCCCUCGAGCAAGCGGACCGCCUCGUGGAGAAACUCAAGAUUUUGCAACCCUGUGUAGCCCUGCCGUUUCUUCCGAAGGCCACUAAAGCCCCGGAACCAAAGGAACUCGAAUCCCACCAACUUUCGAUUGACGGUGCCAGCCCUAGUUCACAUCCACAAAAUACUCCAUCCUUGGGAUCCGAUCGGGAUGUAACACCUUCUGCAGACUCGAAAGAACACGUUCCAAUCUCCCGCCAGUUGAGUAAUUCUUCGCGACCCACAACUCUGAUUGUGGAUGACAACACCAUCAACCUCCGCAUUAUGGAGAUGUACUGCAAAAAGAGAGGCUUGCCGUACUUGGCUGCAAAAAAUGGUCUGCAAGCUGUGGAACUUUUUUCGCAACGCCAAUCAACUUCUAUCGCCAACAACGAGCCUCCUAUCGAGCUGAUUAUGAUGGACCUGCAAAUGCCAGUGUGCGACGGCAUCGAAGCCACCAGGCAAAUACGAAGUCUGGAGAAACAGAACAACUGGGCAAGGGUUUUGGUACUGGUUAUGACCGGUCAAGACACCGUUGCGGAUAAAACCGCCGCACAAGAGGCAGGCGGGGACAAAUAUCUUGUCAAGCCGGUGGUAAUUGAACAACUGGAUCAAAUUGUGAAGCGAUAUUUCCCCAUGUUUGAGUUGGGUAAAAAACGAUAG